AAAAAAUCUUGCGCUCUUUUGCCACUCGUGUUUCUGUUUUUAGGUAGCGGAACCCGCAACCCUCUUCCUUGAGUUCUCUAUUUCUUCUCUCCAUUUUUACCCCUUCUUGUCUCUCAGCCAUGGCUGCUCGAGCCCUCUUCAGAUGGGCUCUCCUCCCUUCCCCCAAGCGCUUGGCUCCUCCUCUCCUCAGAACCCCUCGAUCCCGUCUAACCCUCGCCCCGAUCGAGGCCUUCUCCUCCUCGACCUCCACCACCAAUUCCGCCACCAACUACCUGAGGCUGACGGACGAGGAGCUCAUGGCGCUGUGCGACAUAGACACGUUCAAGGCCUCCGGCCCUGGCGGCCAGCACCGCAACAAGCGCGAGUCCGCCGUCCGCCUCAAGCACCGACCCACUGGCAUCGUCGCCCAGGCCGCGGAGGACCGGUCCCAGCAUAAGAAUCGGGCGUCGGCUCUGGCUCGGUUACGGAAGCUUUUGGCUCUAGAAGUCAGAAAGGUGAUAGACUUGAACGAUUACACUCCUCCUACAGAACUUCUUCAGAUUCUACCUGCAAAGUCAACAAUCAGGGGAUCAGAUGUUGGUCCUCAAAUCGGUCCCAAUAAUCCAAAAUUUGCUCUGGGAAUGCAAGCUUUACUAGAUCUAAUAUAUGCUGUUGAAGGUUCAGUGUCAGAGGCAGCAAAAAUAUUGGGGCUAAGCACAGGUGCUCUAUCAAGGUUGAUAUUAUCAGAUGAUUCUCUCCGAAUGUCAGUCAAUGGCCUCAGGACAUCGAAGGGUAUGAGACCUCUGAAGUGAGAUUCUUGAAGAAACCCGAGAGUAAUUAUGCGAAAGGAUUCUGCCUGUUUUUUAGGCAUGGGAUGCUUGUAUGCCAAGACUACUGAAGGGUCAUCUUGUUGCAUCAAACUGAACAGAUUCUUUCCUGCAUUGACCAUGAUAAAAGCUGCAAAUUAGUUUGCUCUGGCGGGACUUUCAUAUGCUAAUUCAUGCAUCAGGCUAUUCACCUACCACAUUCUAAAGACUUUCAGGAAUUUUGCAGAGUCAACUAGCCCCUUUAUUCUCUAUUGGUCAUGAAUCAUAUCAUCUAUAUAUUACAUCGGUGUUGCUUUAUGUAGGUUGAAUAAAUUGAAGUCACUUUUUGUAUCUAAACUCUUUGAUUUAACAAUGAAAACCUAUUUCAUCUUCA